AUGAACACGCGCGCUGCCAUCAACGACUCCCCGCCGCCGCCGGCCCUGUCCGUCGCCUACAACAGCGACCUCUCCCACUUCAGCGUCGCUCUCGAGACGGGCUUCCGCAUCUACGAUGCCCCGGACUGCAGACCGGUGAAGGUCCGCGACUUGGGCCAAGGCCUGGGCUGCGUCGAGAUGGUCGGCAAGACGAACUACCUCGCCCUCGUCGGCGGUGGCAAGAGCCCCAAGUUCGCCCAGAACAAGAUCAUCUUCUGGAACGAGGGCAAGCAGGAGCCCACUUUGACCUUUGAGUUCAACACCCCCGUCCAACGCGUCCGCCUCAACCAGAAGUACCUCGUCGCAGUGCUGCUCAACAGCAUACACGUCUACAAGCUCUCCGCCCGUCCGGAGAAACUGAAGGAGUUCGAGACGGCAAACAACCCGUUCGGCCUGUGCUGCUUGAACCAGGACAUCGUGGUUUUUCCUGGACGCACCCCCGGCCAGGUGCAGAUUCUCGAGCUCGCCUCAAGGAACAUCAACAUCAUCCCCGCACACUCCAACGCCCUCCGCGCCCUUUCCCUUAGCCCGGACGGGACGGUAAUUGCAACCGCCAGCGAGCAAGGCACUUUGAUCCGCUUGUGGAUGGCUGACAAUGGCGCAAAAUUCGGUGAGUACAGGCGCGGCGUUGAAAGUGCUACCAUCUUCUCCAUCGCGCUUUCGCCGUCCAAUGCCUUCAUGGCGGUGACGUCAGAUACCGGGACCCUGCACAUAUUCGACUUGCCCCAUGCGACUCGUCCGUCCUCGUCCGGCGGUCGCCCCGCGAGUGUCAACAGCGACUUCUCUGGAGCCCUUGAGUCCGGCAACGGUGCCGCGGAGCCGGCGCAUGCGUCCAAGUGGGGUUUCUUCUCCAAGAUACCCAUGGUCCCUCGCAUCUUCUCCGACGUGUAUUCCACUGCCUCUGCCAAAUUUGAAAUCGGGGAUGAACCUGAGCUGUACGCUACGCGCCGCGGAACCAACAGCACUGCUAUCGGAAACACAUCGGCCGCCAUGGGAGGCGGUCUCAACUGGAACACUCCUAUCCAAGGUGUUGCUGGCGGUCGUCCACCGAAGGGUGUGAUCGGAUGGAUCAACGACUCGGAGAUGCUCGUCAUAGGCGCCGGACAAGAUGCGCGCUGGGAAAGGUUCCGAGUUGGCAUCGCCGAGGAUGGCCGUAGAGCUGUUUGGAAAGAUGGCUGGAAAAAAAUCCUCGAGUGA